AUGACACGAAGGCUGCUAAAACAGGAACUGAACGGGUAUUAUGGUGAUAAGAGGGUGAUAAGCGACUUGUCAAGGUUUGAAUAUAGUACGGGUGGACCUAGAAACCGAUCGCGUAAUACCACACCAACGUCUAUUGAUACAGAGUCUAUUUUGAACUCCAAAGAUGAUAAUAUUCGACCUGAUCCCCAAUAUCCUGCCGAUACGGCUAACCCUCGCUAUCUCAAUGACAUAUACAAACACUACAUGAAGCCAUCAUUUAGCUCAAUUAGCGACGUGGAUAAUUCAUUUGUGCCAUACCCCACGUCGUUGAGCGACAAGGAUGGCAAAAUACUUCUUCCGUACAACAACAAAGCGGCGUUGGACCUACCCAGUUUACCUUCAUUCCACACAAUUCACAUAGGCCAGUCCAACGACACACUUUGCUCAAGCUCGAGUACGUUACCAAGCAAAAUGAGCAAGGAAUUACCGCCAAUAAUGGCUACCGAAGAGUAUGUUAAACAGAAUCAAAUGGACUCGGAGUCGGUGUAUAAUCCACAGGCCGAUCUACAGAGUUUGUCGUCUCGAAGAAAAGAUUUGGAGCAUGACUUGCUUAAGAAAGUUAUGAAUAGACCGGUGGCUUCUUUUCCAGUCAAAACCAUUACUGGGUCGCAAAAAUACGAUGAUACGCAUAUUACCAUCACGGCAAACUUCAUUCUAUACGUGUUUGAAAUAAUCAUUGCGAUUAUAGUUGUGACACUUUGUAGUGUUCUUGCUCAGAAGGAUAGUAAACUACCCAACAGUAUUUACCGAUACUUGAUUGCAGAUGGAGUAGUCUCUCUUAUAGUUUCGUUGCUAUUCAUAACCACCAUCAUCAAUUUCGAAAAACGUAAUGGGAGCUUUUAUUGUCUUGUGGCGGCCAUCAUGACCUUUGUUUCUUUUGUUAUUGCCAUAGCAGUAUUAAUACCUAGUUCCAAUUGCGCAAAUGAAUCUAUAUGUACUAUGAGGAAAGCUGCAGCAGGCUUUAUUAUAGUAUCGUUCUGUUUAUGGUUGAGUAAUAUUGUCAUGUUAUUAACUACAUAUUACAUUUCAAACUUAAACCUACUUCAAGAUAUAAACUUUGAUUACAGUAACCAAGGUCUCGACAGUACCUACAACGAUACAAUACAAAACAAACCAGUACCAUAUAUAGAACCGACUAGUCCAGGCUCCAAUCAGCCAUUGAAAGAGUAUUUGAUUAAUGAAAAUGGAGAGAUGUAUGAGAUUCAUAAUCCGGUGCAAGUUAGAGGGCGAAAUAAAAUUAUUGUGUACCUAUAA